ACUUCCGGUCUUCCUCACGCUGCGCGUGUCUGCUGCACUUUUGACGGCUGCUAAUAUCCAGUCUGCCCUUUCGUCUUCGAGGAAGAAAAAACAACCAGCAUGAACUCCAAACUAACCAGCAGCCAGCAGAAAGAAAUCUGCUCCCAGCUGGGAAGAGUCAAACUGCGUCUGCUGUACAAGGCCAGCAUCCAUGGUUUCAGCGGCGCUGGCUUCCACCAGCAAUGUGACAACCACGGUCCCACGGUGUCUGUGGGCUUCAAUGCUUCCGGUUAUGUGUUUGGAGGCUACACCAAACCACCCUUCAGUCAGUCUGGCGGGUACAUGCAGGAUGAGCAGGCCUUUCUUUUCACCUUUAAUGGAGAAAAGCUCAUCAAAUAUCCAGUCUCUUCUCCAGCUUAUGCAGUAAGAAUGGUUGGUGACUGUGGUCCAUAUUUUGGAGAAGAUUUGGUUCUUGUCAUGAGAGGCAAAGCAACAGUCUAUUCCAAUCCAGGGAAUUAUUACAACUUCACUGCUGCAGAGAUGCAUGGCAACGACAUCCAGCUGACUGAGUGUGAAGUUUAUGAGGUGGAGACAAUGCUAGAACUUGAGAAGCCGUGGAGGCCGGUCGUCUGGGAAAACGAGAAGCGAGUCGAAAUGAUGGAGAGCAUCAGGCUCCACUGCUCCCCGUCCAACUCUGUGGCGCAGGUUCGGGUCCUGCUGAUCGGACCUGUUGGAGCUGGAAAGUCCAGCUUCUUCAAUUCUAUCAACUCUGUAUUCAAAGGCUACGUCAGCAACCAGGCCAUCGCCGGCUGCUCCACCAACAGCCUCACCAAACAGUUUCGCACAUACUCAAUAAAAGAUGGACAAGGAGGAAACCCGCUGCCAAUCAUCUUGUGUGAUACCAUGGGAUUGGAGGAAAGCACGGGGGCGGGCCUUGAUAUCGACGACAUCGCCAGCAUCCUCGAAGGUCAUCUGCCAGACUCCUAUCAGUUCAACCCAACGGCUCCUCUGCGUUCGAAUGCCAGCGGCUAUCACAAGUGGCCGGGCCUGAGUGACAAGAUCCACUGCGUGGCCUACGUCGUCGAUGCCUGCAAGGUCGCCAUCCUGCCGGCAAAACUGGAGCAGAAGCUGGAAGCUAUCCGCAGAAAGGUCAACUUGAUGGGUAUUCCUCAGCUGGUCCUGCUGACGAAGGUGGAUGAAGCCUGCCCUUUGGUUUCACAGGACAUCAGGAACAUUUAUAAGAGCAGCUACAUUCAGGAUAUUAUGCAGGAGGUUGGUGUUCGGCUCGGUGUGCCAAUGUCCUGCGUUGUUCCGGUGAAGAACUACAGCAAAGAAUUCGAGUUGGAUCAAAACUGUGACAUCCUACUUCUCACCGCCAUCAUCCAGAUGUUUCGUUCCACUGAUGAUUACUUUGAUGAUCUCAGUGACCGACUCAGCAAUGUUAAAACCAAAGAAUGAAUAAAAGCAGCACAGCGGAUGUUUAUAUCUUGUCAAACUGCUUUGAAAAGUUACUUAAAAUGACCCGUCGUGCUAUUGAUAAUAAACUAUUGUUAUCGAAAACAA